CGGGGGACCGGUAUAAAGCAGAAGGCGCCUGCGCCCGCGCCACCUCUCUCAGCGCCGGCCUGAGGCUGAUCGGCCCCUUCCCCACCCGGUUCGCCACCAUGACACCAGGCUUCCAGGCCCCCUUCCUCCUCCUGCUGCUACUCUUCCUGGUGCUUACAGCCUAUAGCAACUCACUAAAUACUACCAGCCACCAAGACACCCCGUCCCUGGCCACCAGCCCGACCUCAAGCCCGACUACCACUCCGCCGCACCAAGGCGCCCCGUCCCGGCCCACCAACCCAGCCACCGCUCUGCUGCACCAAGGCACCACAUCCCCCGCCACCAGCCUGGCCUCAAGCCGGGCCACCGCUCUGCCGCACCAAGGCACCACGUCUCCUGCCACCAGCCCGGCCACCGCUCCACCACACGAAGGCACCCCGUUCCCCACCACCAGCCCAGCCUCAAGCCUGGCCACCGCUCUGCCGCACCAAGGCACCACGUCUCCUGCCACCAGCCCGGCCACCGCUCCGCCGCACCAAGGCACCCCGUUCCCCACCACCAGCCCAGCCUCAAGCCCGGCCACUGCUCCGCCGCACCAAGGCGCCCCGUCCCUGGUCACCAGCCCGGCCUCAAGCCCCGCCACUGCUCCGCCGCACCAAGGCGCCCCGUCCCCAGCCACCAGCCCGGCCACCGCUCUGCCGCACCAAGGCACCACGUCCCCCGCCACCAGCCCAGCCUCAAGCCCAGCCACAGCUCCGCAGCACCAAGGCACCACGUCCCCCGCCACCAGCCCGGCCUUAAGCCCGGCCACAGCUCCACCUCACCAAGGCGCCUCGUCCCCGGUCACCAGCCCGGCCUCAAGCCCAGCCACCGCUCUGCCGCACCAAGGCACCACGUCCCCCGCCACCAGCCCGGCCUCAAGCCCGGCCACAGCUCCACCUCACCAAGGCGCCUCGUCCCCGGUCACCAGCCCGGCCUCAAGCCCAGCCACCGCUCUGCCGCACCAAGGCACCACGUCCCCCGCCACCAGCCCGGCCUCAAGCCCGGCCACAGCUCCACCUCACCAAGGCGCCUCGUCCCCGGUCACCAGCCCGGCCUCAAGCCCAGCCACCGCUCUGCCGCACCAAGGCACCACGUCCCCCGCCACCAGCCCGGCCUCAAGCCCGGCCACAGCUCCACCUCACCAAGGCGCCUCGUCCCCGGUCACCAGCCCGGCCUCAAGCCCAGCCACCGCUCUGCCGCACCAAGGCACCCUGUCCCCGGCCACCAGCCCGGCCUCAAGCCCAGCCACCGCUCUGCCGCACCAAGGCACCACGUCCCCCGCCACCAGCCCGGCCUCAAGCCCCGCCACCCCUCCACCUCACCAAGGCACCCUGUCCCCGGCCACCAGCCCGGCCUCAAGCCCAGCCACCGCUGUGUCACACAAGGCCAUCUCUGCCAAGACUACCAUAACCCCAGCUGACAAGAGCACUCCAUCCUCAGUUCCGAGCCACUACUCAGAUACUCCAACCACCCCUGCUAGACACGGUACUAGGACUACUUCCAGCAGCACUAAGCACAGCUUAGUACCUUCCACCUCCACUCAUAGGACUUCUACCCAGUUGUCUAUUAGGAUCUCCUUCUUUUUUCUAUCUUUUUACAUUUUGAACUGGCAGUUUAACUCUUCCCUGGAAGAUCCCAGCACCAACUACUAUCAGAAGCUGCAGAGAAACAUUUCUGAACUGUUUUUGCAGAUUUACAAACAAGAAGGUUUUCUGGGCCUCUCUAGUAUCAAGUUCAGGCCAGGAUCUGUGGUGGUAGAAUCAGCUCUGGCCUUCCGAGAGGGUAUCACCAGUGCCAACAUCGUGCAGACACAUCUUGUCCAGAGUGCAGCAGAAGCAGCCAGAUAUGACCUGGUCAUCUCAGACGUCAGUGUGAAUGACAUGCUGUUUCCUUCUGCCCAGUCUGGGUCUGAAGUUCCAGGCUGGGGCAUCGCCCUGCUGGUGCUGGUCUGUGUUCUGGUUCUGCUGGCCAUCGUCUAUCUCAUUGCCCUGGCUGUGUGUCAGUGCUACCGAAAGAAGUGCGGGCAGCUGGACAUCUUUCCAACUCGUGACGCCUACCAUCCCAUGAGCGAGUACCCCACCUACCACACCCAUGGGCGCUACGUGCCCCCUGGCAGUACCAGACGGAGACCCUGUGAGGAGGUUUCUGCAGGCAAUGGUGGAGGCAGCCUCUCUUACACAAAUCUAGCAGCCACUUCAGCCAACUUGUAGGGGCGCAUUGCCUGCUGAGCGUCCAGCCAGCGCCAGCUGCCUCCCUAGGAUCUUCACUGCCAGAGCCCCCACAGCCCCCCGUUUGGGCUGGUGAGCUGGGAAUUCAGGAGGGCUGCUCACAGGCCCCACCAAGCUCCCUGACCCAUCUCUGGAGGACUGGCCCAGAAAGCCCUGGGAUGGGAGUGGGAACCUGAACAUAGCUGAAUAAAACGUGGGCCUCCUCUG